AUGGUUCAAUCUUCGAUCUUGGGUUUCCCCCGCAUGGGACGUCUGAGAGACUUGAAGAAGGCCAAUGAGGCAUACUGGGCCGGCAAGCUCUCGAGAGAUGACUUGCUCGCCGAGGGCAAGAGACUUCGUGGCGAGCACUGGAAGAUCCAGAAGGACGCCGGUGUCGAUGUUAUUCCCAGCAACGACUUCGCUUUCUACGACCACGUCCUCGACCACAUCCAGAUGUUCAACGCCAUUCCCGAGAGAUACUCAAAGCACGGCCUUGACCCCCUUGACGAGUACUUCGCCAUGGGUCGUGGUCACCAGAAGGACGGCAUUGACGUUCCCUCGCUCGAGAUGGUCAAGUGGUUCGACUCAAACUACCACUACGUCAAGCCCACCCUCCAGGACAACCAGACCUUCAAGCUCGCAUCCAACCCCAAGCCCGUCCGCGACUUCCUCGAGGCCAAGGAGGCCGGUAUCACCACCCGCCCUGUCCUCCUCGGUCCCGUCUCUUUCCUUGCUCUCGGUAAGGCCGACCGUGGCCAGUCCGUCGAGCCCAUCACUCUCCUCGAGAAGCUCCUUCCCGUCUACGAGCAGCUUCUGCAGGAGCUGAAGAAGGCUGGUGCCGAGACCGUCCAGAUUGACGAGCCCGUCCUUGUCUUCGACUUGCCCGCCAAGGUCAAGGAGGCCUUCAAGCCUGCCUACGAGAAGCUCUCCGCUGCUCAGGGCCCUCAGAUCGUCCUUGCCACCUACUUCGGUGACAUUGUCCACAACUUCGACGUCGUUGACGCCGCUUUCAAGAACCUCUACGCUCUCCACGUCGACCUUGUCCGUCACCCCGAGCAGCUCCAGCAGGUCGUUGACCACCUCGGUCCCAAGCAGAUCCUGUCUGCUGGUGUCGUCGACGGUCGUAACAUCUGGAAGACCAACUUCAAGAAGGCCAUCGAGGUCGUCGAGACUGCCGUUCAGAAGCUCGGCAAGGACAGAGUCAUCGUUGCCUCAUCCAGCUCCCUCCUCCACACUCCCCACACUCUCGCCAGCGAGAAGACCCUCCCCGAGGAGGUCAAGGACUGGUUCUCGUUCGCCUCCGAGAAGGCCGUCGAGGUUGCCAUCAUCGCCAAGGCCGUCACUGAGGGCCCUGCUGCAGUUCGUGAGCAGCUCGAGGCCAACGCCAAGUCCAUGCAGGCUCGCGCUUCAUCUGCUCGCACCAACGACGCCAAGGUCAAGGAGAGACAGUCCAAGAUCACCAAGGAGAUGCACAACCGCCAGUCUACCUUCGACACCCGUUACGCCCAGCAGAAGGAGCACCUUAGCCUUCCCAUCUUCCCCACCACCACCAUCGGUUCCUUCCCCCAGACCAAGGAGAUCCGUCUGCAGCGUAACAAGCUUGUCAAGAACGAGAUCACCGCCGAGGAGUACGAGAAGUUCAUCGAGAAGGAGAUCCAGGAUGUUGUCAAGAUCCAGGAUGAGCUGAACCUUGACGUCUACGUCCACGGUGAGCCCGAGCGUAACGACAUGGUCCAGUACUUUGGUGAGCGCCUCGACGGCUAUGUCUUCACCACCCACGCCUGGGUCCAGUCCUACGGCUCUCGCUGCGUCCGUCCUCCGAUCAUCGUCGGUGACAUCUCUCGUCCCGCCCCCAUGACUGUCAAGGAGAGCAAGUACGCCGCCAGCAUCAGCAAGAAGCCCAUGAAGGGUAUGCUUACUGGUCCCAUCACCUGUCUCCGUUGGUCCUUCCCUCGUGACGAUGUUCACCAGUCUGUCCAGGCUCAGCAGCUUGCUCUUGCUCUUCGUGACGAGGUUGUUGACCUCGAGGCCGCUGGUAUCUACGUCAUUCAGGUCGACGAGCCCGCUCUUCGUGAGGGUCUCCCUCUCCGUUCCGGCAAGGAGCGUGAGAACUACCUCGACUGGGCUGUUGACAGCUUCAAGCUGUCCACUGCUGGUGUCAAGGACUCUACUCAGAUUCACUCUCACUUCUGUUACUCUGAGUUCCAGGACUUCUUCCACGCUAUCGCCGCUCUUGACGCCGAUGUUCUCUCCAUCGAGAACAGCAAGAGUGAUGCCAAGCUCCUCAAGGUCUUCAUCGAUGAGGACUACCCCAGACACAUUGGUCCCGGUGUCUACGACAUCCACUCUCCCAGAGUUCCUAGCGAGCAGGAGAUCAAGGACCGCAUCGAGGAGAUGCUCCAGUACCUCAAGCCUGAGCAGCUUUGGAUCAACCCUGACUGUGGUCUCAAGACCCGCCAGUGGAAGGAGACCAAGGAGGCUUUGACCAACAUGGUCAACGCCGCCAUUGCUUACCGCGAGAAGCACACUUAA